AUGUCAUUCUUGUUGGAUCAAUUAAACAUCCACUCAGUGGAUGAUGUUGUUCAGACAAUCCAGAAUUUUAGAUGGGAGGCUGGAGUAACACCAUUCUCCUCAAUAUGGUCACCAAUAAUUGGAUCCCUAGGCUAUCUGGUGGUGAUCUAUCUCCUCCAGGUCUACAUGAAGAACAGGAAGGAGGUUAAGCUUCACUAUAUAUGUUUGGCUCACAACCUGUUCCUGUCACUCUUGUCGCUGGUAAUGUUGCUUGGAGUGAUGGUGCCCCUCUUCAUCACCGAGAUACCACAAGGACUUUACCAUAUGGUCUGUGCACCAAAGACAGAUGGAACAGUUUCCUUCUUCUACUAUAUUUUCUACCUCAGCAAGGUGUAUGAAUUCCUUGACACCAUAUUCCUCGUUCUUAGAAAGAAAAAACUUAUCUUCCUCCAUGUCUACCAUCACUUUAUUACAUUCUGGUUGUGCUGGGUGAACCUUGUGGAGAACACUGGAGUACAAUGGGGCGAUAUUAGUGCCAACUGCUUCGUACACAUCAUUAUGUACUACUACUACUAUCAAUGCGAGCAGGGCAACAACCCAUGGUGGAAGAAAUACAUCACCCGUGUGCAGAUCAUCCAGUUUGUAUUCGACAUGUCACUGCAUGGAAUGUGGCACUAUUACGUCGGUACGUCGACACCUUGCAAUGGAUCGCUGCGAGGUACACUUUUCUCGGACUUUGUUAUCAUGAGCUUCCUCAUGCUCUUCCUCCAAUUCUACUUUAGAAGCUACAAGCGUCCAGCAGCAUCAUCUGCCGCCGCUGUUGCUUCAAACAAGGACCAGAAAAAGACUCAAUAA